AUGCAACUGCUUCUAAUCGCCUGCUUCACUGCGGCCUUGGCCAACUUUGCAACUGCGCUGUCUUACAACCAGUCUGUGGCAGACAUUGUCACCAGCAGCUUCACCACCUCAACUGUCGUCCGCUCAGAGCCCCUACCCUCCCAAUCCGCUACUACUGGCGGCCGCGGGGACGAAGUCAUUGUCCUUUCCGAAGAGCCUGGCUCGAACAGUUCCCUGUCCAUGGCGGCCAGCAUGCUUAGCUAUACCUGCUACGCGGAAUCAAAGACCAAUGCCGACGACUGCCAGGCCGUCAUCGACUCCAUCCGAAGCCUCAACGCCGACCUGUACCUCACGAAGGACGAGUGCCGCGGCUACACCCACGGCACGUGCAUCGCCAAGAUCUGCCAGAAGGGCGACCUGGAGACCCUCUGCACAACCUCGUGGCUGGCCGACCGGCUCGCGAGCCCGCUCAUGGCCAACUGCAUGAAGAAUGGCGAGAACGGCGUCCUAGCGGACUGCACCGACUUCAUGGGCGACUGUGGACACAACCGGAUCUGGCUUUCGAAUCUUUGA